AUGUCUCGUGAAGCUGAAGAAUGGAUACGAUUGCUGCAACUUCAACCCCAUGUUGAGGGUGGUUAUUAUCGAGAAACAUAUCGUUCUGAAGAUAUUGUUCAAACGGUACCACAGCGUUUUAAUAAUGUUGAAAAUAAUGAAUAUGUUUAUUGUACAGCGAUCUAUUACCUUCUUAAAUCAGGUGGUGAUAAACAUUCAUCGUACAGCCGUUUCCAUCGGAUCAAAUCCGAUGAAAUGUGGCAUUAUUAUGACGGUACAACCUGUAUUAUUAUCUAUAUUCUAAAUGAAAGCGAUGGAAAGUGUGAGAAAAAACUACUUGGACGAGAUAUUAAUAUUGGUGCACAACUACAACUUGUAGUCCCACACAAUACCUGGUUCGCGGCUGAACUAUUGAAAAAUGAUGAUGAGAAUCAUUUCGUUCUUUGCGGUUGUACGGUGGCACCUGGAUUUAACUUUUCGGAUUUCGAAAUAGCUAAACGUCAAUAUUUACUCCCAUUAUUUCCCCAAUAUGAACAGAUUAUCAACCGUUUAACAGAAGAAACCACUACUUGA